GCUCCGGGACGUCACUGAAAGAGAGAGGGCAGCAUCUUGGCUGACCCAGCUCUUUCUACAGAUAACUGAAUUUAGCCAGCCAAACAGGAUCGACCUCUCUCUUUCUCCUGUCCCCCCUCCAGCCACGGGCGCACAGUCCGAGGAGAGGUAUGUCACAGCUGAAAGAAAGCCAGCAUUUCUCUGAUCUGCGUGGAAAGCAAGCAAGGCGCGACCAUUUCCCAGCUUUACGCACGGGCUCUUAACCAUCUCCAUUCGAAAUCCUGAUAGAAAUCAACUCGCUUCUGAGUUUUGCGGCUCUUUUUUUUUUGUCACCUUUAUGUUAAACAUGAUUCCCAGUCCAGUUGUUGCUGCGUCCACCACGCCCUUUUCCGUGAAGGACAUUCUGAAGCUGGAGCUGCAGCAGCAGUCUCAGCAGCACCAACUUCAGCUGAUCUCCUGCUUCGGCCUCUCCGGCGCGCUGCCACAGCCGAGAGGCUUCCCAAACAAGCCGCUCGGCUCUCAGUCACCGCCGUCCUGCAUGCUGGCGGGAAGGGACAGCCCCAGCCCCAUUAGUUCCUGCCUGUCGGAGAGCGAGGAGAGGAUGUCUUACCUCAGCGCCCUGAGCGUCCAGGAGCGACUUUCUGAUUCUGUUUUGACUGGGGAGAUGUUCGGAGAGGCUGCAUCGAUUCACUCCGUAGAACCGCGCCUGGAAACCGAACAGGAGGAGCAUGACAGCAAUAGCUGCGCCGCUUUGCAAGGCGACUAUGGAGAAGACACCGAGCCAGAGAAGCCCGUCACCAAGCAGCAGAGGACCAGGAGGAAGCCGCGCGUCCUUUUCUCUCAGGCUCAGGUGUUCGAGCUGGAGCGGCGCUUCAAGCAGCAGCGCUACCUGUCCGCCCCGGAGAGGGAGCACCUGGCCAGCACCCUGAAACUCACCUCCACCCAGGUCAAGAUCUGGUUCCAGAACAGGAGGUACAAAUGUAAGAGACAGAGGCAGGACAAGACUUUGGAGAUCGCAGGUCACCAUCAUCAUCACCAUCAUCAUCACCAUCCACCUCCACCACGGAGGGUGGCUGUCCCGGUCCUGGUCCGGGACGGGAGGCCUUGCCUUGCAGGAUCUCAGAACUAUAAUAACCCCUACACAGUCGCAGCUCCGACCCCUUACACCUAUAACUACUCAUCCUACAGCUACAACAACUCUGUGUACAAUAACAAUUACUCCUGUACUUAUUCCAGUUUGCCUGCACUUCCACCCAGCAGCAGUACUCCUAAUGCGUUCAUGAAUUUGGGGAAUCUAGGCGCGCAGACGCAAAACCAGGCUCCUCAAGCACCGGUGAUCCCACCAUGCCAGGGAACUCUACAGGGUAUCCGGGCAUGGUAGCUGCAGACUCUCCUGGAUUCAUGGAUGGACCUCAAGCAUGCAAUUCUUGCAAACUCUAAGAAUGUUUUGGGUUGUAUCCUGAAAUAACCCUAAAACAGACUGCUUAAAGAAAACUUUUAAACUGCAGUAUUGGACAAUUUUAAACAUUCAAAUGUGGUCCAAAAAUAACACAAAAGUUGUACAUUUCUAAAUGAGCAUUAGCUUUUUAGGUGUGAUAUCGGGUAAGUAAUAGAAUAAAUGUCGGAAGAAAUGGAAGAGCCCUGCUUCGAGCCAGAACAAAACCACAAAAUGCACUGCAAUCGCUGAAAAGUGCGACUUCACAAAAACGUGUUUUGAUAUUUUACUACUGUACAUCUUACUUGUUGUUAAAACUGAAUGCUAUUUUUCUGUCUUGUUGUGAAUGAUAAUGAAGCCUAUACCGUAUUUGACUUCAAUAAAUAUGGCAAUUAACAGGAUAUAUAAA